AUCCAAAUACCUAAAGCCAACUUCCCCAAUCCUGACAUACAAAAACCCCAGGUCAUGUCCCCACAUUAUCUCCCUCCAAAUUUUCAACAGCCAUGAAUGCCAUCCUCAUUCUCUCAUGGCCAUUCUUCUUCUCUCCCUCCCUCCCCACCCACCAAUUCCUCCCAAUAACCCUAAACCCACCACCCCAAAACUCACUCCACCACAGCCUACGAUCGCUCUCACCGACUCUAACACCUCCAAAAGACGCUUCAUCCUCGAAAGCACUUCCCUUUUUCUCAUUUCCUUGACCCCUCAGCAAUACCCAGUUGCCCAUUCUUCACCAGAAGCUUCAGCGACUCCAAGACCAUCCCUUUCCGGCAUCGCUAACACGAAAUCUUGGUUCCAGUUCUUCGGUGAUGGGUUUGCCAUUAGGGUCCCUCCUCAGUUUCAGGAUGUUUCGGAGCCUGAGGAUUACAAUACUGGAUUGUCCCUUUAUGGAGAUAAGGUAAAGCCCAAGACCUUUGCGGCACGUUUUGCAUCUCCUGAUGGAUAUGAGGUUGUGAGUGUUGUUAUUCGCCCAUCCAAUUCCCUCAAGAUAACCUUUUUAGAGGCCAAAGACAUAACAGAUUUAGGUUCCUUGAAGGAGGCAGCAAAAAUCUUCAUUCCAGUUGGAUCAACUGUAUACUCUGCUCGAACCAUAAAGAUAAAGGAAGAAGAAGGUUUCAGGACUUACUAUUUCUACGAGUUUGGUAUACAAGAACAGCAUGCAGCACUUGUAGCUGCUGUUAACGGUGGAAAGACAUACAUUGCUGGAGCAACUGCCCCGCAGUCGAAGUGGAACGAUGAUGGUGUGAAGCUUCGGUCUGCUGCCAUAUCCAUGACUGUUCUAUAGUGUCUUUUUAAGGAGGCUGAAUUUGAAAGGCGGCGGCUUGCAUUGCACUGCAGCUUAAAAUUUUGAGAUUUGACAAGGAGCACCUUCUAAUUUCCAACAUUCUUGAACUAACCUCAUUUAAAUUAUUUUGAGAAUAUAUUUACCCAUUGGUCCUUUGCUCUUUUAUUAAGCCUAAGCUGCGUUUUGUUUUG